AUGAUCAAAAAUGACGGCAAAUCCGAGGCACCUGUUGAAAAGAACGAUGCCGAGGAGGAAGAGGAACCCCGAUACGUCAUCAUUGUUAACAAGUGGGAUCCUGACACUGGCGACUACAAAGAUGACGAGAUCACGAAAAGUAACGAGAAGAAGGAGAUUGGACCCAAACCUGAAAGUCGCAGAGCAUUUACCUUUCGCAAGUCCACCAUGUUUCGGCCUCGUUAUAACAUUGUCGAAACAGUCCUAUCAGUGGCCCAGAUCGAAGCCGAGCCAUUGCAGAGGCUGAUUGGCAAAAUAACGUCGAAGCUCGGAGGAGACGAAUUAGUCAAAAGCAUCAGCUCUCCUUUUGAAGUUCUGGUCUGGACGUGGGCAGAAGCAGAAGAUGAAGCGAAGAAGUUUGUGGAGAGCGAGACGCCCGAGGAAAAGCAAGCCCGUAUCGACCUGAGCGAGCUUAUGCGGAUCAUCUCCACAUCUUCAGGUAUCCUCCCUCUCGACCAGUACUUCAAAGAAAGGAACUUCUUCGUUAGUGAGAGCAGCAUCUCGCACGCAGCUCUGUGGACGCUAUUCCCUCCAGGUACCCUGAUCGUCUCACACCCCUGCCUGGGUGAGCCUCAGAUCUUCACCGUCGACUCGUGCGAUUCUUUCAUUCUACGAGAAGAACAUACCUUCGAUCUGACAUGCUUCAGCUUCGACUGGACUGGUACUGAGUUUACCAGGGUACCGUUCGAGAUGAAGAUUCGCCACUGGGGUUCCAAUCGGAAGAGCAUCGCCGAAUUACCGUUCUAUCCGCUCAAAUAUUACACUAGCCCAGAUGAACAAAACAUCUCAUCGGACGACGCAAUCGCUCUCCUCAAGGAACGACUUGUCGCUCGGGGGGAGAAUUUUGUCAGGCUCUGUGAUCCGGGCAAAGGCAAACAAAUGUUCACGUACUCCGGUGAUGCGCACUUCCACACAGGACGUAGCUUUGCUGGGAACAAUGAUGAUGAGGGCAGGCGCCUUCGACACGAUGAUGAUACUACAUCUUCUACCGACACCGGCGAUGGACGGGUCAGCGAGGCUCGAUACGUGCAAAAGAAGAAGUUCCGUGGCCAACUGGAGAACCUAUCACCCGAGAAACGCGCCAACAAGAUAUACAGAGACAUGUACAAGACUCACUGGGAUCGACACCCCUCUGGAAAAUCCAUGUCGCCAGACCAACUCAUGCAUUGUCCUCCAAGAGUCCUCGGAUACGCGCUGAAGCAGAAGAAGUGGGCGCAGCUCCUAGUAGAAAAACUCAACCCCCCCAACGAUGCCGAUGCAAGUGUCUUCCGCGACAAGUUGCAGCUCGACCCGGACUCUAAAGACCUGGUUAGAUGGUCCGUGCAAGCACAUGAAUACGGGAAGGACGUCGACGCCAAGGGCGAAUCCAAGAGCUUGCAAGACUUCGCGCCGGACAAGGGUAAGGGUCUCGUCAUCAUGCUCUACGGCCAUCCCGGCGUCGGAAAAACUUUAACCGCAGAGAGUGUAGCUCUCAUGGCCGGCAAGCCUCUACUUUCCGUUGGAGUAUCUGACAUCGGGAUUGAAGGCGACAAAGUCGAAGCAAAUUUGCAAAAGAUAUUCGACCUUGCAGGAAAAUGGGAGGCCGUACUCCUCUUCGACGAGGCGGACGUUUUUCUCGAAGCGCGCGGUCGCGGGGAAAAUGAUCUGAGACGUAAUGCCAUGGUCUCGGUACUCUUGCGCGUGCUAGAGUAUUAUGACGGCAUACUGAUCCUCACCACCAACCGCAUGAGAUCUUUUGACAUCGCUGUCCAGAGUCGCAUUCACAUUGCGAUCAAAUACGAAGAACUCAUGCAAUCGCAACAAAUCGCCAUUUUUGAAUCCUUCCUCGUGCAACUCCAAGGCAAGAAACUCGUUCAUAAUUUCGAUGACCUUAUGAAAUGGGUCGAGAAAGACAGUCGCAAACUCGGAUUCAAUGGCCGACAGAUCAGAAAUGUGGUGUCGACAGCUAUGGGGAUUGCUUUGGUGGAUAAGGAAAAUGGUGGGAAGCUGAAGAGGGAACAUCUCAUGCGCGUUGCCGAGCAGACGAAGCAGUUCAAGACUGAUUUGAUUGCUGAAGAGGAGAUGUAUAAGAGGUUGCAGAAGGGAAUCUCUUGA